GCAGCUCCAGGCAGCGACCAUGAGUACCCUGGGGCACCAUUUUGUACGGAAACCGGAAACCAAACGCCGGGCGGGGACGAGGUACGGGAAUCCAGACGUGGCCCAGCUGGCCAGUAGAGUGUGGGGGGAGGGGCGAAAGGGCUGGAGGGCGUUGUUAGCGCAUGAUGUAUUUCCGCUUCCUCUCGGCCCAGUAGCUUUUGGUUGUACUAGCUAGCUUGUUGCGGGGAGGGAGGGGGAAGAUUGUUUGCAGUGGAGGAGCUCAGUGUACGGGAGGGUAAACUGAGCUCCCCAGAGACUGUCAUCCCACAGCCUCGGUUCGGGCCCAGCCUUCUCUCUCCAGUUGUCACCACAGCCUGGAGGCGCCUGCCUCCGCCCUCCCGAAUGGUGCUACUCCUCGAAGGCCUCGGCCCAGGAUCCAAACCCCCUUUGCCCCCUGCCUCGGAGCGGUUGCUCCGGGUUUCUCCUGGUGGACUCCUCGCGACGGGGACGGAAGAACUUUUGCACCGACAAGGCUGUAGCUCUAGGAACCCCGCUGACAACGUGAAUCUUGGCCUCUAACCCAGUGUGAGGUCAUUCCUGUGUCCCUUUUUACACCCUUUGAGAAGAGAAACUCUUCUUGUUACCUGGAGCCCGGGAAGCCCCAAGCUGGGGCCCUGGUCCCACCAUGUCAGUCCUCUCUUGUGCAUAGGGCUGUGCCCUCUCCCCAUUAGCAUGGCUGAAUUCAGGCAGGUUCCAGGGGGGCGGGAGACCCCGCAGGGGGAACUUCGGUCUGAGGUUGUAGAGGAUGAAGUCCCUCGGAGCCCGGUCGCAGAGGAGCCGGGAAGAGGUGGAAACAACAGCAGUGAGACCAAAUUGUCUCCAAGAGAGGAGGAAGAACUGGAUCCUCGAAUACAGGAGGAGCUAGAGCAUCUCAACCAGGCAAGUGAGGAGAUCAACCAGGUGGAGCUGCAGCUGGAUGAGGCCAGGACCACCUACCGAAGGAUCUUGCAGGAGUCAGCAAGGAAGCUCAACACACAGGGCUCCCACUUGGGGAGCUGCAUCGAGAAGGCCCGGCCCUACUAUGAGGCUCGGCGGCUUGCUAAGGAGGCCCAGCAAGAGACACAGAAGGCAGCGCUGCGGUAUGAGCGGGCCGUGAGCAUGCACAAUGCUGCCCGGGAGAUGGUGUUUGUGGCUGAGCAGGGUGUCAUGGCUGACAAGAACCGGCUGGACCCCACAUGGCAGGAGAUGCUCAACCAUGCCACCUGCAAGGUGAAUGAGGCAGAGGAGGAGCGGCUUCGUGGUGAGCGGGAACAUCAGCGGGUGACUCGGCUGUGCCAGCAGGCUGAAGCUCGGGUCCAGGCCCUGCAGAAGACUCUCCGGCGGGCCAUUGGCAAGAGCCGCCCCUACUUUGAGCUCAAGGCCCAGUUCAGCCAGAUUCUGGAGGAGCACAAGGCCAAGGUGACAGAGCUGGAGCAACAGGUGGCCCAGGCCAAGACUCGCUAUUCAGUUGCCCUGCGCAACCUGGAGCAGAUCAGCGAGCAGAUCCAUGCCCGGCGCCGGGGCCAGCCCCCUCAUGCCCCUGGCCAGCGGCGCUCCUCCCCUGUGGGGGCAGAGGCCGGGCCUGAUGGUGGCGAGGAUGGAGACAGUGGUAUCAUAGAAGGGGCUGAAGGCGGGGUGCUGGAGGAGGGCAGUAGCCUGGGGCCUGGCCCUGCCCCUGACACAGACACACUGAGCCUGCUGAGCCUACGCACAGUGGCCUCAGACCUGCAGAAGUGUGACUCUGUGGAGCAUCUGCGGGGCCUCUCAGACCACACCAGUCUGGAUGGCCAGGAGCUGGGUUCCCGGAGUGGGGGGCGCUGGGGCAGUGAUGGCGGGGGCCGUGGGGGCCGCCACCAGCGCAGCAUCAGCCUGUAGUUCAUGCUCAGGGUGGCUGGUUCCUACCACCAUUGGCCCAUGUAGGGCUCCAAGCUCCCUGUCCUCAGGUCCUUGCUUCCCUUGGAGAGGUCAGGUUGGUUCUUGUCUCUGGUGAAUUUCUCUCCCUCCUCCCCCAGUUCUUUGCAGGUGGCAGCUCUCUUUGCCUUACCCCUUCAGAAGGCUUUUUCUAUGGCUCUCACAUUUGCCCUCCCCCUGCUAGCUCCUCUUGGUCUGAUGUUCUUCACUGCCCCCUUUCUGCUUUCCUUCCAUCUGUCUGGCUUUCCCCUCAGGGAACUUGGUCUAGAAGGUACAGGGUAGCCCACUGGAGAAGGUGGAUGUGGGACCUGAGUUUUGACAUCUUGGCCGCCUGGUUUGAGGCAAUAGACAGGUGUCCCUCCCACCUCCCCAUCUCCCAAGGGGGCCUAGGGAUGCUACAGAGCCUCUGUCCUAGCCUGCCUGUAUGUAAUCUGUAAAAUGCACUGUAGGACUGUGUGGAAAACACUACACAUCCCUGCAGUGCUCCCUUCUCAUUACCUAAGCCACUUUGCUGUGUGUGCCACAAAGAAGGACUUGAAGGGUACCAGUGUCUCAGAGAGGGUGAAACCCAACCCCACUGUCCACACAGAGGACACCACCUCCAGACAGGCUCCCAUGUGCAUAUUGUUUCCCCAGCUGAGCUGGGCCAUUAACAUUGCCAAGGUGCUAGUGGGUCUCUAGCAGGGUCAAUGUUGGGGGGUGGAGACAUAAUGAGGUCCUGAUGGUUGAGGCCUUCGCGGAUUCCUGCUGCAGAGUUGGGUUUACUUUUUCUGGGUGGAGGUCGCUGAGCUUAAUCUCAGCGCCCUCCUGCUGGGUGGAGUUAGGGAAUUUGGUGCUCAAUCCCUCUCCCUCUCUCUUCCCCAAACCAGACAAUACCUACUCCAGAAUCCCUUGGGGACUGUUCAAGUUUGGCUACUGAGCCUUCUCUGAUGCAGGGAGGGGUUGCCCUAGGGUGAAGGGACCCACCCUCCUUUGGGAGGGGUUUGGUGGUGCUCCAGGCUGUAAGGGAGGAAAAGCAGGGAAGCCACACUGGAUCUGGGUGCCUUGGGAGAACUGGUCCUUCCUCCUUUCCCACCCUAAGAGGUCUGAGAGCUGGACUCUGGGCAGGAUAGCUUGUGCCUAGGCCUGUAUGCUGCUGCCAUCAACUGGGAGGAGUGGGCCAUCAUAUGGAGGGUGUUUC